CUGUGCGAGGGGGUGUCUGGUGCGCAAGUGCCGAAGUGCCACGGGCAGACAGGCGGCGAGCUGACAUGGCCGCCUCGGCGCUGUCGGCGGCGCCAGCGGCAGCAGCGGCAGCGACAGCAGCAGCGGCAGCAGCAGCGGCGGCAGCAGCGGCGGCAGCAGCAGCAGUCGCAGGUCGUCGUCGCCGUCGGCUGACGUAGGCGGGUAGAGCGCGCGCGCGCGCGAGAGAGAGAGAGAGAGAGAGAGAGAGAGAGAGGGACGCGUCGAGGAGCCGAGCAGCCACGGUCGAGGGGCAGAGGUGCGCGCGCGGCCGAGGUCUCAGUUCGCAUAUGCCUCUUCAUGAGCGGGAGCCGGCGCAGCUGUGUACGAGUGGUCAUCAGCAGCAGUGGCAGCGAGUCGUCGUGUCGGCUCGGCGUCGGCAGUGCAGCCGCAGCGAUCGCUGCCGCGACUGGCAGCAGCAUCAGCAGCAGCAGCAGCAGCAGUCUCCGGCAGCCGAGGCGCGCGCUGCUCUCCACCUGACAACGGACGCGCCGCAGAUCGUCGUCCAGCGACAACCGCUUCCUCUACAGCGCCGACGAGCUCGCCCUCAUCGCCAAGCCCCUGCUCCGCGACGCCCCUCGCCAGACUGCUCAGCGCCACCGCCACGCCGGAACCAUGAUUAUGUACACCGUGGCGGACGACCACAUGGCCGACACCGAGAUCGCCCAGGUGAUAGCCUUCAUAUGCGGGAUAAUAGUGAUCCUGCUGAUGAUAAUGGGCCUGGCUUCAACGGAAUGGCUGAUGGCAUCGGGCUGGCGGCAAGGACUGUUUGCUCACUGCAUCGAGGAGGGCGCGCAGACUCCGCUGCCCUUCAACAUUGUCGACCCACCUGGAUGCUAUCAAGCCCGUGACGUCGGCUACAUAAAGGCGGCUGCGGCGCUGUGCGUGCUUUGCCUGCUGGCCGACAUCGCCGCGACCAUACUCACGCGCCUGGGUCUGCGCUGCCAGGAUCACUCCGACAAGCACAAGUACUACCGCUUAGCCGUCUUCUGCAUGGGAGUCGCUCUCGUCUCGCUGCUGAUAGCCUUGGUUAUUUACCCGGUGUGCUUUGCUGCUGAAAUCAAUUUCGGUAAUCGAACGAUGUGGGAGUUCGGCUGGGCAUACGGCGUCGGCUGGGGCGCGGCGAUCUUUCUGUUUGGCGGCGCAGUGUUGCUGCUGUGCGACAAGGAGUCGGAGGAGAUCUACUACAAGGAGCGGAAAAUCGUGCGCGAGGACGUGGCCACGGGCGCAGUUGCGACGGGCAACAAUUCGCUCGGAGGCAACUCGCACGUGCACCACGGCAACCCCAGCCUCGUCGGCCAGCACCAGCAACUCCAGCAGCAACAGCAGUACCACGGGAUGAGAAGCGGCACGCAGCUCGCCUAGUGGCAUUGCUCCCUGCCCGACGUUGUUCUCUAGAGCUGACCAGCGUGACGACGACGGCCGUGUACCAUCGUCGACGCUGCGUUGCGACCACACACACUCUCACUCUCUCACUACGACGAGCGAUGCAAGAUUUUAUAGCAACAACAAUUAAUAAGAUGGACAAGCGCACCGUGCUGCUACAACUUAACUAUCUCAUGCAUACAAUCACACACCCCUCAUCAUCAUCCAUCACCUCUCUCUCCCUCUCUCUCUCUCUCUCUCUAUCUCUCUAUCUCUCUCUCUCUUUUCCUCCCACCCUCUCCUAUCUCUCAUUACACAUUUUUUGACACACCACGCACGCGGUAUGCUUGACGAGGCGCGUGAAUGAAUAUUCACUUGUCCAUAGCGAGAGAGCGAGGAUUUUUGAAUUGAUAGAGAAACAAUAUCGAGAGGCCCGGAUGCCCAGGCUGCGAUCCCUUUUGUUUCGACAAAUCCAUUUAUACGCCGAUGGCUGUGUGCGAAAAGUAUUGCACUUGCAACGUUACGCACCGAAUGCAUCGCUAUACAUAGCUCGAAUGAACAAAUGAAAGAGCAGCGCUGGCAUCCGACCCGUCGAGUAUGCAAGCACUUCUCAAGACUGAUCUAUAUAAACGAAGGCUGCACACUUAUUCAAGAAUUUGAUCGCUUUCAAUGAAAACUGACGUACAAAUAUCUUACCGUUAUAUAUAGUCUGCAAUCUUGUACACAUCAAUUGCAAAGUGCAAACGCAAAAUCCUCUCUCUCUCUCUCUCUCUCUCUCUCUCUCUCUCUCUCUCUCUCUCUCAUAUUUCUCUCAUAUUUCUCUUUAGUAUGGAUGGAUACUCAAGGUCAAGCAUAUGCGUAUGAUGUCGAUUUCUGUCCUACAUCGUGAUUAUUAUUUCCCUCGAGCUCCCCCGCGCAGAGUGAAACGUUUCGGGAGCAUCGAUUGCCAAUAUCUCGCUCAUUUUAGAUUCUGCCGCUACAGCUAUUUUCGCCGGCACACUUUGGCUGCUCGACAUCAAUCGCCGAAAAGCCUUUAUUACAUAUUCAAACUCGCGAAAGAAGAGAGAUAUCACCGCAUUUAUUGGCUUUUGAAUACUCGAAUGCUUUUCACAGUGCGCGCGGCGCAACAUCGCCUCUCCCCCCACCUUAACUUGUGACAGUUUGGUCCUUUAGUUUUAUUGUCGAGGCUACGCCGUCUUAUUAUCUAAUGCAUACUUUUGUUGUGUGCACAACCUGUAGAUAAACGGUCUAAGACGUAUAAGGAUUAUUUAUUUAUUUGAUUAUUUAGUGAUGACUUUUUACUAUUUUGCGCCUACUUAGCUAUCUCUCUUGACUCUUUUUUUGUUUUAUCGUUACACUACCUUUGGCUUUCGUUAGGGCCUAUACUUUUGUUAAUGCCUCUUAGUUGUAGUUUCUCCAAGUACUUUUGCGUUUUAUGAGCAAGAUAAGAAAGUGAAUUAUCGUUCGAGUGUACGGGCGUACAUAUACUACGUUUGUUACGUUAAAAUUUAUUAUAUCUCAAGGCAGCUAAAGGAAGAAAACUGAUGCGAAUGCGAAAGUUGAUAUACAUAUAUACAUAUAUUUUCUAUUUUUACCGAAAACGAUACUCGGAGAUGUAAAUUAUAUUUUUCAAGGCACGCUUCCUUACAUUACAUAUUGAUUAUGUAUACGAUACGAUAUAACAAUUAUGGAAAUGAUAUUGAACUGUGCGAGAUUUAUGAAAAUGUAAAGUACGUUAUACACAAUUGAUUUCCAGUACAACGAUCUUUUCUUUUCUAUUUGGUUCGAAACACACAUCGAAGUGACGUCAAUUUUGACUUGUUUGUCGGUAAAACGACGAGUGAUAAUCGUAUAGCCAAGGUGAAAAGAAAACAAAAAGAAAAAAUAUAGAAGUACGCGCGAGAGGAAAAGCUCAUUAUCGAUGUUACCACCCUAAUAAUGUCUUUCUCUCUCUAAAUGUGUAUUUGUUCUCAUCUCGUCCAUCUCUCUCUAUCUCUCUCUUUCUUCCCGUUGCGCGAGUUUCUCUGAAAAAAUGCAUUGAUGCGCCCAACUCAUUGAUCAUAAACAUACGAUCAGUUUCAUCCUGGAUUCAAGAGGAAAUCGGAUUUAUGGAAAAUGAUUCGGAAAGGACAAAACGUGAAAAUCGAGCAACAGAUUAAUAAUUAAAAAACUGAGCACAGUGUUUGAAAGUGUGAGUAGAGAGGCAGCUCGGGCAGGUUUUAUACUGAUCCACUGUGUUAAUGGAGAUCAAUAACGAUAAACUGCAUUACAUACGUGUAUAUGUAUAUAAUAUUAUAUAUAUAUAUAUAUAUAUACAUAUAAUAUAUAUAGAAGACGUUUUAUAAAUAUUUGUAAUAAGAGACAAUGAGACAAGUGCGUGAUCGAACAUUAAUACUAAUGAACUGUAUCGCCGUUCAACGCGAGUACUAUACGGUCGCAUGGAGAAUAAUCUAAAGGAAAAAAAGAUUAUUGCUUUUUGUAGACUAGCAUUUAUUUCACCCACCCAUACACCCAUAACACACACACACACACACACACACGCGCGCGCGCGCACACACGCACGCACACGCACACGCGCACGCACACGUGCACACUGAAACACUUAAUUUCCAUGAUGACGAGGGGAACAUCGUUCUAUACUCGUCGUCGAACGUUCAGCAAAGUGACGAAUCACUUUUGCAUUUUUAAGUGCUCCGAAAAUGUGUACCAAAACUAUUAUGUCGAGCGUAAUUAUAACUAUAAGUAGCGGUGAGAAUUCCAAAUACACAAGUUUCAAUAAUUAUACUUUUUAUUUUAAGCAUUUAAGGUACUUUAUCUCAAUUGCGCUAUUAUAAUUAUACAUUUAAAUUUUAAGCUAUCAAAGUGGACAAAGUAUAUUGUAAUUAAGCGCUAAGGUACUGAAACGAAAAAAAAGACGAAUAAGAAGUUUUUAAUAAAUUUUUGUAUAAUAUAUGCGAGUCAUCAUCAUCAUAAUCAUCACCGAGCAUUUUGAACCAGCACAAUUUUGGCAAAUUAUCUUUUUCGAUUAUUUUAUCUUUUUUGAGACUAUAUUUUUACAAAAAAGCAGUAAAGAUUAUUCCUGUAUAAUACUAGCCUUAUACAUAAUACGUUGAGUACUUUAGAAUUGAAUGUCCGGAUAGAAUAACGACUUAAACGCGUGAGCUUGGCGUAUUAGCGUCUGAGAGUAUGCCAUUGUCGCUGAGCGCUGAGUAAAAGUUUCAGAUUAAAAUAACAUUAACAAAUAUUAUUCUAGCAACAAACUUUCAGAGAGAAAGUUGUUUAUAAUGAUUCAAAGUAUACAUCUAUCAUGUUGCAAGAAUUUCCAUACUAUAUUUGCAGAAAUUAGGAAAGUUAUAGUACCAGCUUUACUUAUACCGAUCAUUGCUAUUAUCUAUGAACAUUCUUAUUGAGAUGAAAAUACGAGAACGUCGUUUCUCAGUAAUUAAAAAUUAAAAAUAAAAAAAAAUUAAAAGUUAAAAAUUAAAUUUAUAAGUAUGGCAAUAAUUAAAAUUUGUAUUGAAAAGAGAGAAUAGGUUUCCAUAUAACAGUAAAAAUAAUAAGUGACGGUUCUAAACGCGUGUCUUAAAUAGUAUUGCUAUGUAUUCCAUUUAAUGUGACAAAAGAGCUUGGAAUCAGUUCGUUUGUUUGAGGAGUGUAAAAAAAGUGAGUGCUGGAAAAUUAAAUGUUAUUUACUUUUUGAAAAGAAACAGGUUACAACAAAGAGAAAAUAGAAAAAAAAUCAGGCAUAAAAAUUGCUGUAAUAUUAUUAUAUCUGAUGCUUGAUUUUUUUGAAAGUGUAAUGACAUUUACCUAAUUGUGCAAUCAAUAAAUAAGAAAAUUGAUAUUUAUUAUAGUAAAGAGUUUUAUUUUAAUAACAAAAGAUAUUUUAUUAUUUUUCUUACAAUACUAUAUUAUUAGUACAUGCGUGCAGUAGUCAAUUCAAAUAAAUCUGUAAAUAUUUCUGAAAAUGUAUCGAAAUUCUUGUAAUAUAGUAGAUGUAUACGUUAUAAACAACUUUUUCGUUGAAAGUUAGUUACUAGAGUAAUACUUGUUAAUAUUUUUUUAAUCUGAAACUUUUGCUUUGCUCUCAGCGAUGAUUGCAUACUCUUAAGGGCUAAUCUGCCAGGCUCGCGCGCUCAUGUUGUUAUUCUAUCCGGGCCUUCAAUUCACCUUCAUACCGACUUGCGAAAAAAAAGAGAAAUCUAAAUAUACUGUAAACACGUACAUCUUCCAAUGUAGAAAUGUCUGUUUUUUGAUAGUUGAUACAAUAAUUAAGAGAUGACGAAUCAUUGACUUAUUUAAUUUUCAUAUUUUUUACUGUUGUAUGUACGAGUAAAACAACUAUUCCAAAACUUAUGAAUUCCGAGUACGUGUAAAAUUUAUGCAUCGCUUAAAAAAAUUUGUAAGCGAUGCGUAAAUUAUACGAAAGAGGAAAAUGAACCUCGAAGAAAUAGAAUUGAGUUAUUAAUGAUCGUGCAAAUCGCUGUAAGAUAGUGCACUAUAAAGGAAAAAAGAUUCAUUCAAGCAAAAAUCCCACGCGAUGUCAUUGUUAAUCAUAUUAUCGGAGAGUGCGAUGUAUCUUUUAAUCAUAUAAGGACUAUCAUAAAAGCCUCAUUAUUACGGAAUACUAUUGGAAAAACGUGCAUUUUCACGUCGAACAGUACACGCAUAUAAUCACACAUAUCAUCGCAUAAUUCAGAGGAUUUGCAAGAAAGUUAUGUAACUGAAGAUUAAAGGAAAGGAAAAUCGUAUAUUGGACGAUAUGACACUGUAGCCAUCACAUUUAAACGAGAGCAGUUGUAGAAUAGAAAGCAAACAAAUAGUAUCACGUGUUGCAAUUGUUUGUAUAUCAUACGUCGAUGUAAACAUAAUGUCACACAUAUUGUACAAAGAAAUAAAAUCAUAUAUCUAUA